UGGGUCUUUUAGUCAGGGGCGGGGCUGAGCUGUCUUGACCCGGACCCCCAUGCCCAAGCUAGAGAAGACUGCUUAUCUCAUAUACAUGUGUAUAUAAUUAUCUGCUCAUUGAUUGCCUACCGUCUUUUUUCUAAUCACGGUAUCUACUGCUCUAGCUAGCCAUGAGCUUUGAGGUGAGCUCUGAAAUGAAAACAGCUUUCAAUCAAGAUGGCUACGUCAUUAUAAGGGGUCUGUUGACAAAACAAGAGCUGUCCCGACUGCAGCCUGCCCUGGAGAAGGAUGAUGGAGUGGUGAAGCACUCUUACACUGUCGAUGAUGGCCAUGGACGCUCUAGUCGAAUGUGCUUGUGGAAUCACCCUGGGAACGAUAUCACAGGCAUGAUUGGCCGAUGUAACAAGGUUGCCGGGACGAUGAGUACUCUCCUGGGAGGAGAGGUGUACCACUACCACACCAAGCUCAUGAUGAAGGAGCCACACACUGGGGGGUCCUUUGUGUGGCAUCAAGACUAUGGGUACUGGUACAACAAUGGGUGUCUGUUUCCCGACAUGGGGACUGUGUUUAUUGCUAUAGACAAGUGUGACCAGGAGAAUGGUUGUCUCAAGGUGCUGCGAGGUUCACAUUUAAUAGGUCGGAUUGAUCAUAAGCGAGUGGGUGGACAGACAGGAGCUGAUAUGGAAAGAGUGGAGCACAUUAAGAAGGUGCUGCCCUUGGAGCAUGUUGAGAUGGAGUCUGGUGAUGCCCUGUUCUUCCAUAGCAACCUCCUCCAUUGCAGUGACCAGAACCACAGUGCACGGAGGAGAUGGGCCUUCCUUAUUGCGUACAACAGGGUCUCCAACAGUCCCGUAAUCGAGCACCACCACCCUCAGUACACGCCACUGGAGAUGGUAGCUGACUCGGCUAUAAUGGAGUGUCCACUGGAGGUGGAUCUGAAAGGCAAGGAUUUCUUGGAGCCUGACAAGGACAAGACAUCGUGGGGGAGAAGAGUUGUCAGUUAACUAGAGAAGACAGUAUAAUAAAACUUUUAGCACUGUCUCAAUGUUUGUAUGUACUAGACUAGCUGCGUUCUUUGGUCAUGAUUAUAAUUAUUUUUGAAACGUACAGAGUUCAUAAAAAAAAAACUGAUACAUAAA